AUGGCGCUCAUCCUUCACGCGACGUGCGGUGCCCACAUCGUCGCAGGCCUUCCUCCCCUCCACAGACCGACGCGCACCUCGUCUCACCGCGCUUCACCCCGCUAUUUCAAUGUCUCGUCUGCUGGGCGCGUUCUUUCCCAGAGGAACCUGAGCGCUUAUCAGUUAGCGUCGCUCGUUCCACUGCCGCUAAUUGCCCACGCGGCAGCAGCGUCAGCGAAGCUUCAGCGAAAUGCCGCGCUCAAGCCGCGCGCCAUCGCUCGCCAAUCAGAGUCGUCGCAGGAUGAUUUUUUAGAAUCGUCGCAGCACAAUGCAUCGCAAAACAAGCCGGCCUCCUUCACCCUUAAGGCGGCUUCGGCAGCUGUAGCCGCAGCUAUAGCCGCCGCUACGUCCGCAAUCUCUGCAUUCACUGCUCCUUCAGCGCUCGCCGUCGAUUCCGACGCGCUUUCUCGCUACGAGCAAAUCGCCGGCAAGGCCGUGCAGCGCUCCGUCGUUACAAUCACUUCCGCUGCCGCCACUGGGCCCGUUAAUGUCACAUCGGCUGGGGAAGCCGCCGGAGCUGCCGCUGCCGGGGAGGCCGCUAGUGCCGCCGCAGGCGCCGUGACUGACGCCGCCUCCGCCGCCGCGUCUUCCGCUCCGGAAGCCGUGACCGCCGUUACUGCCGCUGUGUCCGACGCUGUCGCCGCCGCCGCAUCUGCUGCCGCACCUGCCGCGGUGACUGAAGCCGCGUCAGCCGCCGCCUCUGCCGCCACUUCCGCCGCCACUUCUGCAGCGGCUGGAGUCGCCGACCUGUUCACCAGCGCAGUCCCCGCGGCCGCAUCUGCUGCAGCGUUUGACGCCGAAGUGGCCCUCACUUUCGCGGCCGUAGCGGGAGCGACGGCGCUGCUCGCGGGGGCGUUCUCGUUUCUCACGCGGAAGCAGUACGCGGGGGAUUUGACCCCAGAAACCGCCUUAGAAAAAGCCCUGGAAGAGGUUGGGGAGGAGUGGGAGGAAGAAGGCGAGGCAGUCGUUCUUCUAGACAUUCGCGACGGCAAGGAGAAAAGCCGAUCGGGUAACCCGACGCUGAAAAGCUCGCCGAAGCGGCUGGUAGCGGAGGCGUAUCGCGAAGACUCGGUGAAGCGGAAAGCGGAGGAGAGUGAGGGGGACGGGGAGGACGACGUAGUGAUUGAAUUGGGUGAUCUUAAAGAGGGGUUCCUCGACGCGGUUAAGGAGGCUAAAGCCGAAGGGGGGCUGCCGUGGAAGAAGCCGUUCCUCCGCCUGCCCACGCCUGCGCUACCCUCACUCCCCUCGCUCCCCUCGUUCAACCUCGGAAUCAACCUCGAAGAGUCCGUUUCUACAGUGAAAGAAGUCUUCACCACCGUAGAGAGUGGUGCAGCAAAAACAGCGUCAGCAGCGGCAUCAGCAGCUCCUGCAGCUCUCGGCAUCCUCGCUGCUGCUGGGCUGUCCGUGGCCGUGCUGGCAGAGGCCGAGGCACUACUAACGCUCGUGGCGUCAGUGGCGCUCGUGCAGUUCAUUGCCACGAAGCUGCUCUUCGCUAAGGGGGCCCAUGCAGCGAGUGGCGCUCGUGGCGCUCGUGCAAUUCAUUGCCACCAAGGUGCCCACAUGGGGGGGAGUGAAUCACACCUGCUCGCCCCUGUGGCGCUCGUGCAGAUCACCAAGCUGCUCUUUGCUAAGGGGCGAUGGGCUAAGGUGGGGGGAUGUGCUAGGGGCGAUGGACUAAGGUGGGGGGAUGUGCUAGGGGCGAUGGACUAA